AUGUCGACUAAAGGACAACAGAAACAGGAAUUUGCCUCAUCCGGACGAGGUGGCUCCGGAUUCAUCCAUGGCCGAACCACUUUGAUCACCCGAUCUGGAAAGAAUCCAACACCAAGCGGUUACAGCAUGAGAAGCUCCUUCGGUGGAGGGCUCUUGAACAUGGCUCCUGGAACCUACCAGAACAUGUCCCACGAAGGUGUUGUCAACGUUAAAGGAAAGCGAGAACAUGAGAAAAAAGAAAUGCAAUCGUUGAACGAGCGUCUUGCCUCCUACAUCGACAAAGUGCGAUUUUUGGAAGCACGUAACGCCCAGUUGGAACAAGAAUUGGAUGUGUACAGAAACCAGAAACAGGCUGAUUUCAAACCAAUUCGUGACCAGUACGAAACUGAAUUGAAUCAGGCCCGAAGAGUCAUCGAUGAGUUAGCCGGAGAAAAGGCCAACUAUGAUGCCAAAAUGGCCGGACUCCAAGACUUAGUCGACAGUCUUAAAGACACAAAUGAGACUCUCGAAAAUCACAACAAUGAAUUGAGACAGAAGAUCGAUAACCAGAGCACCCAGAUUGGAAGCUAUGAGGGUGAACUCGGUACACUCAGACUCAGAAUCGAAAGCUUGGAAGAUGAAAACAAACAUCUUAGAGAACUCUUGAAGAAGAGAAGUGAUGAGAACAUGGCUCUCAGAACCGAUUUGGACAAUGAAACUGCUGCCCAUAUUGAAGCUGAUUGCAGAGCUACCACACUAGAAGAAGAAGUAGAUUUCCUUAAGGCUCUUUUGGACAAGAUGCCACAAGAAAGCCAGAAACCAGUCCUCAUCAAGGGACAGAACUUGGAAGACUUCUGGAAGAACAGCAUGAGCAAGGCUAUCAGAGAUAUCCAGAACGAAUAUGAAAACAAACUCGAUAUCAUGAGACAAGAUAUGGAAAUGAGAAUGCAAUCCCAGGUCCGACAACUCCAGAGUGGUGCUGUCCGAGACAAUAUGGAAACCACCCACGCUAGAGAAGAAAGCAAAAAAUUAAAGAGCCAAUUGGGUGACACCGCCUCAAGAAUCACCAAUUUGGAAGGCAUGGUUGCUGCACUUGAAAGUGAAAGAAACGACUUAAGACGAAAACUUGCCUUAUCUGAAGACGAACUCGCUACCGAGAAAGCUGCCCAUCAAGAUGACAGAGCACGAUUGACCGCUGAAAUGGAAUCCGUCUUAGCUGAAUUACAACAGAUCAUGGAUGCUAAACUGUCACUUGAAUUAGAAAUCGCUUGUUACAGACAACUUUUGGAAGGAGAAGAAAACAGACUUGGAAUGAAAAGCAUCGUAGAACAAGCCAUUGGUACCCGAACCAAGGGAGCAGGAAACUUGUCCGACAUCGUACAACAGACCAGUUAG